UAACCUCGGCGCCAUGUCGCUCACCCCAAUCCACGACGAGUGACCUCGCAAUCACUCGCAUACUCGUAGAGAACGCGCGUUUCUAUUCUCCGUAAUACGUGUAUUUUUCCUCUCCGUGUACCCGGCGUGCGUGAGUUCGCAGGCGUAGUUGCGCGGUCGCAAUUCGAUCGGUUCCGUCGCGUCCACCUGAUGUAUCACGACGUGUCGUGUAACCCGACGACGAGCGGUUAACGUAACGACGCGACCACGUCAAACUCGGUCCAUCGUCGUCGGUGUGUCCUCGGUGUGUUUCGAUAGGUGUGCGAAAGGAUUUUUCUUCUCCCCACCCCACGAUCGACGGAAGUGGUGUACCCUUGUGGUCUGUUUUUCACUGUGCAGGUUCGGUGACGGGGCUGGAAAGCGUGGGCCAGUAGUCGUAAUAGUGCCGUGUGUCGGGUCCACGUCCGACUUAUCUCCGUCCGUCGCUGCGGCACGCAAACGAGAACGACACCCGGAUAGAUAUAGGCGUAGCAGUGAUAAUAAUAUAUUCGUACAGUGCUGCCGGAUGGUUUGAGUGUUGAAAGUGACCUCGCCGGAUACCGGAAGUGAAGUCCCGCCUCUGAAAUGGCUUGGUGAAGACAAAUCUGCAGCUGAUCGCUGAGCAGCUUGUCCGCCGAGACCGCGGUUAUUAUGCACGCGAUAGACGAUAACCGGCAUCGUUGCCCCCUGCAGCAUUGAAGAACGAAGAUGGAAGAGGGUCAGCUGUUGCUGACCGAAUUACCGGCUCUCCCGCCCCUGAGAGGCUCGACGGUAUUGCACAGGCCUCAAUACUAUCCGCUCCACCAACCCCACCUCGCCCUCUCGACCCCUCACACUCAGACGAUACAGCACACCCCCUCGAACCCACCCCACUACGGCAACGGGGCGACGAAUCUUACGACCAACCACCAGGGAAUACCGAGGCAGUUCCCUCCGAUCCCGAGGGGAAACUCCGCGGCGAGUACCCACGUGUCCAGCCUCUAUCCCGAGAUCCUUGCCCUGAUAUUCAGCUACCUCGACGUCAGGGACAAGGGACGAGCGGCCCAAGUAUGCGCGGCGUGGAGGGACGCCGCCUAUCACAGGUCCGUAUGGAGAGGCGUCGAGGCCAGGCUGCACUUGAGGAGGUCGUCGCCGGCACUCUUCGCCAGCCUCGUUCGCCGCGGGGUUAAGCGGGUCCAGGUCCUCUCCCUGAGGCGUUCCCUCCGCGACGUAGUCCAGGGGGUGCCGAACCUCGAGUCGCUCAACCUUUCCGGAUGUUACAACGUGACGGACGUCGGUCUGGCUCACGCGUUGAUCCAGGAACUGCCAUCGCUCACGGAGCUCAAUCUGUCCCUGUGCAAACAGGUGACCGACACGUCGUUGGGGAGGAUCGCGCAGUACCUGAAGAAUCUCGAGGUUCUCGAGCUCGGCGGGUGCUGCAACGUCACCAACACCGGACUCCUCCUGAUCGCGUGGGGCCUCAAGAAACUCAAGAAACUCGACCUCCGGAGCUGCUGGCACGUUAUGGACCAGGGCAUCGCCCAUCUGGCAGGUCUGAACCGCGACACAGCCGACGGCAACCUGGCCCUCGAACACCUCGGGCUCCAGGACUGCCAACGGCUCAGCGACGAGGCACUGAGGCACGUCUCCGUCGGCCUUACAACCCUCAAGUCCAUCAACCUGUCCUUCUGCGUGUCCGUGACGGACUUGGGACUGAAACACCUCGCGAAGAUGCCGAGCUUGAGGGAGCUGAACCUCAGGUCCUGCGACAACGUAACGGACAUCGGCAUGGCGUAUCUGGCCGAGGGCAGUAGCAGAAUCUCAUCCCUCGACGUCUCGUUUUGCGACAAAAUCGGGGACCAGGCUUUGGUUCAUAUUUCUCAGGGCCUUUUCAACCUCAGGUCCCUGUCCCUAUCCGCGUGUCAAGUUAGCGACGAGGGAAUCUGCAAGAUUGCCAAAACCCUCCACGAACUUGAAACCCUUAACGUUGGCCAGUGCAGCAGGCUCACGGACAAAGGACUCACCACCAUUGCCGAGAGCAUGAAACAUCUGAAAUGCAUCGAUUUAUACGGUUGUACGAGGAUCACGAAAACCGGAUUAGAAAGGAUUAUGGAAUUGCCUCAGCUAAGUAUAUUAAACCUUGGACUAUGGCAUCUGCGGUGAUGGCAUUCCCAAAUGAACACUAGUGUCUAAAAGGAACAUUUCGCUUAAGGUUAACACACGUUCGUUGAAGGGUAAAACGAAAACGGAACGAACAAACAAGACAAAGAAAGGAUACGAAGCACCUUCGACUUGCAUCGUGAUUAUUAUCAAUUAAUUAUAUUUUUUAUUGUUAUCAAAAACUAUUACCUACCUGCUAUCGUAACCAUUAUUGGACUGUUAGAAGCGCGUAACGGUCACAUGUAUACUAGUUUCCAUUGAACCAACACCGGAAUUUCUCGUUACGCAUACACGAUAGACGAAACGAUGAAGAAUAGUAUAAUAUUAAAUAGUUGCUCUGCAAACAAAGAAAGACAGAAACGGUGAAUCACGGUACCUAUCACUCUGUCAUGACUCCUUAUCGAGGCACCGCACACAAUAUCGCAAAGAGAUACCGACGUUUUCUUCUGUUAUUAUAAUCCAAGUACGCGCGUGUGUGUGUGUGUGUGUGUGCAUAUAUAUAUAUAUAUAUAUAUAUACACACACGUUUAUAUAUAAAGAAAAAUACCUCUUCACACUCACACGCUCCGCCGUGCAAGGAACAAGAACUCUCUCUACGUAUUUUGCCUCGAAUUUCAACGUGCAAUGAGUGUCUGUCCCCCUCCCCCACUUUCUCUCUCUCUCUCUCUCUCUCUCGCUCCAUCCGGAUAGCUGCGAGUGAACGUAUCAUACCAACCAUAGCUCUGAACAAACUUACGAUAUGCACCUACAUAAGUGCACAGGCAUAUCCGUAUACGUACAUAGAAGGCAUGACACACGCGAAAACAUUGAUGGUUGCGCGCCUACGUCCUCAUCGUACAUCUCCAACCACCCCAGUAAUGUAUAAAUAUGUAUAGCUUGAACACUAGGUUCAUCACGCAUGAGUGUAUAUAUACAUAUAAUAUAUAUAUAUAUAUAUGCGUGUGUGUUUGCAUGCAUGCUCGCUCGCGCGCGCGCGGUUGUGUGCAUUUGCGCCGAAGCUACAUACGACGCGUAACCACAUCUACGUGGAGAGAAAUAGCUGCGUGCAUGCAUACGUGUACGCCGGCGAUACGUAGGAGGAGGAACGAUAUUGUGAAAUCGAUUCGACUGUGUCGUACGUCCGUACGUACACUCCACCCACGCUUUAAGCAGUUUUGCCACGUUGGCAUCGCGACCAAAACUCUCCGACAUUCUCCUCUUGUUCCACCUUCGACACCAGUCAGCAUCGCCAUCGUCAAUUGCAGCGAACCGUCGCCGCUCAAGGGUCGAGAAAUAAAAAUGUAAUACAUAGAUCGAACUUAGUUUCCAGGGAUUAUUCGAUAUACCCGACAAGUCCGAGUUGAUGCGGUAGGAUAGUUAGACUCGUCAGCCUUUGGUUAACAGCAACAAGCUUACACUUGUUAUGCCCAAAAGAUUUACCGACACUUCGAGCCGUGGUUGAAGCAUGGUUGAACGACUCUAACCAUCUGCUAGACGUGCGUUUUCAUGCUGAUGUUCUUUCAUACGCGAUAACCCGACUUUGGACUCGUCUUGGUGUAUUAAAUCAUGCGGGAGGGUUGUGACGUCAUAUAAUACGCGGGCUUUUACGUUACGUUAAGGCUGCAUUAGAUACCCGUUGAAGAUAACAUCGUCGGUAAAUACAUUAUCAAGUUAGGUAUAAUCUUAGAGCGAUAAAGAAUCGAGCGAUAUAUGUCCGAAAUUCAGAUAUUCAGCACCAAGUUAGCUACAAGAAUAAUUUCGAAACAUUUUCUGGAACAUGGCGGGUUUUUAAAAUUUCACUAUCGUGUCAACGAAGAAAUGGAAACGGUGUUUGGUAGAGGGUAAACCGUAACGGAUUAACGGUGCUGCCUUGCGGUGUGGACCAUUGUAUAAUCUCAGAUAUCGAAAACAGCACAAUACCCAAACCCUCGCACGCAAAUGCAUAGGGUUUUCUACCGCGUAGGAUAUGAACGCUUAUCCGAGUGAUACAUAUUCUCCGAAAUUCCGCGUACCGGGAGUCUUUUUCAGAAUUCAAUAUUUUCACCCAAUUCCAGACCAUAAGUCUUCCACCUAAGUAUUUAAAUUCAAACAACCAACAUUUACGGUGCUGAUCAAUUUGAUCAAAAAAAAAAAAAAAAUAAAAAUGCGUCUUCAAAUAUACCGAAUUCUCUAUCGUUAUACAAGGAAACCAUCCGAAAGUGUUUUGAAAAUACUAUCAUGUCAUUAACAUACCCACGGGGUGCUCUCUACAGCACAAUUGAAAUUAUCGCUGACAAUUAUGACAAAAUAUUGAAACUGCACGUGUUUUGAAGUUCUCAUCAGCUGCCAGAGAUGUGGAACUCUGACAAAAGUUGACGUACGCUUAAAUAAUUUGUUUUUGCUUCCGUAACGGUGAAUUGACGACUUAAGGAAGAUAGCAACGGAUGCAAUAGUGGUAAAUAAAAUAGUAAAUCGACGAAUUUAUAGUUUACGAAAGAUAAGUAAUCGUGGAUUUUGAUCGCGUAUUGCAGAGUCGCGGUGCCGGACGGACACACGUGCGUUCCUGUACCUCGUGUUUACAUGCAUACGUGUGUGCGUGAGUUCGUAUGUGUGUAUGUAUAUGUUUACAUACGUACCCAGGCGUGAAGUAGAAACGAAGAAGGCAACGGCUCUUACCCAUCGCGUCAAUGCUACAGCAAGGUGUUAGGUACUGUUGCGUUAGCUGUACACACAUGCAUAUAUUUAAUGCGCACGUCUCUAUCACGUGUGUGCGUAGGGUACACGUGUCAUUUCCGAAUCGGCAUUCGAGUACAACCAAGUUUUCGAAUUAAUAUCAAGCUCGGCAUGCCUGAAGUACGAUUUGAAUAAGGUUUAUGGGUUCUUCCGUUUGUAGGAGGAGCGAGAGGAAAGGAAAUAGGGAAGAAGGCUCAGAACUGAAACGGUUAGACAAGACCGAAAAUGGGAAAAUCGGGUUGACAAAUGUCCGAUAAAGCCACGUCCAGCCUUCCGCAGACUCAUCUGAAGAUGGUGCUUCAAUAUUUUCAAACACUUCUCAUGCUCGUAUUCUCGUAUUUUCGUUAUCCAAUUGGGUCCAUUCUUCCCUUGUAUUAUUUCCAAGCAAAAGAAAGAAUGAAAAACGUAUGUAUCGCGGCUAAAUUGAAAAAAAUAAGGACAGUGAAAACUUUUCCGAGCGACUGUACUGGAAGCAGAGUAUGUAGUAUAUAUCUAAGGGACCCGUCGUCCCAAGUCGAGCCGAAGGGCACCGGGCCAAAGAAGGGCUUGCAACAGCCAGCCUCUGUUGGAAGUUCCGAGGAGAACCUGAAUUUCAGCCGGGCUCGAUACGCGUAUAACGCGUAACAUAGACACGCACGCACACCGACGGAAUACGUGCCCGUCUACCUGGAUACCCGCCAGCGCUUGGGCCCUAAAAACCCGAAUCUUGGGGCCCCGCGCGUCUCUGCACGACGCGAAUAUAAAAAUAAAACUGGAAAUACAGGCUCGCCUUACUCCUUCGGAGAGGCAAAAAUUCUUUUCCCAUACGGGUAGAUAUCUAUUCAUUUAGUACGGUAUUAUUCUGACGGAAUUAGACGUGGUUGUACGUACGGAAAAAAAACGUUUACGCAUAUUUUUCAUGUUAGUGGCUUUGCGGAAUAACCGGUAAAAUAUUUUUCCUCGAAUCCACUAGCAAUGACCGGUAACAAUACACUGUCAAGGAAAUUUAAUUGACUCUUUCGUUCCAACUUAUCUUUGGUCUUGGAUUUUCUACAUCCGCCCCUUUUAUUCCUCCAAUAACAAAGAAAAAAAAAAGAUGUGUUCGAUGAAUGGGAUAAACGGAAUGAAAAAAAGUUGGAAAAACCUGAAUUUCGAACCAAUUUUUUAAAUAACAUUCAAGAGACGCGAACAUUUGACUAAAUAUUGUUUCAAUCGCCGUCGGUGUACGCAGGCGAAACCCUCGGACAAUAAUUGCCGAUGAGGAUUAAUACAAGAAAAAUUGCUCGAAGGUGGAAAGAGUGGAUGAAGCCGAUGACUACUUCACACGAGUGUCUGGAUAAUGAUAAUCGAAGGUUGCGCCUCGAAGAAAUCAGCACCUGUGCGGUAAUUUAACGUGUUAUAUUUCCGAUCCGUUUUUCCCUGUCGCGAUAAUUUUUUUCUAAUCGUUUCUACUUUCGGCCGAUUUAUGAGUUACACCUUUGUUUACCCAUAACAUCAACUGUCAUAAUACACAGACGGCGUCGAAACCUGGUCACUUACUUACCAGCUCCUUCCAUGUUCAUAAACAUAAAUCUUACUACAACGGAACACGCGUAAUUCUCUCGCCUCCAUUUUCGUGACGUAUAUAAUCACGUACGUGAAGCAAAAUCCCUCACUGUAUCGGGACGCGACGCCAUUGUACAAAUGCUCAGGUUCUUGCGUUCUCCAAGUUUCUUCGUUAUAAAAACUUUUCCCCGUGCCUAUGGUCUCCGUUUUUCCGGAGGCGAAGCGUCCGCUCCAACAACUCCCGUUCUUUUUUUCUCUCUUUUCAGCUCUGACGCGCCGCCCUCGCCUCAUUUUUUUUUUAUUUUUCUACGAAAUUCCACCAGGAAUUUUACCAGAUUGAAAUUUUUCUAUAUACAAUUCUCGACCAUUCCCCCCGCGCAACAGAAGAGAAUUCACUGGUAUUGAAUUAAUUCGAUACGCAAAUUUGAGAAAAAUAAACAUUUUGGAAUGAAUCAUUUCUAUAAGAAUUCUCCAAGUGAUCCAAGUGAAUUUUGAGAUUUUGGACUUUCAUUGAAGAUAAAAUCGUUAUACAAAAUCCAUGCUUGCUAUCAUUUUGUUUGGCGGACGUGCCAAAGAUGAUCGUUCUUACGAAGUCUGAAGUUUCAAUUUUGUAUCAUCAAAUCAAUUCUUCUGUAAAUUAUUUCAAAUUUUUCGAGUGAAAUUUCCUUAGCGGCGGUGACUAUAGAACGUUGUGAACGUAAUGUUUUGAAACACUCUGUUACGCACCGCGAUACUACGAAACCCUCAAACGCCCCCCUAUCAUCGGUCAUUCCUCUGUGCGAAUCUUCGCGCCGCCCCUCCAUUGUGCCCGAACGCAAAAACUGAGUAGGUCAAACCAAGAUAUUCCAAGCCUACCAACACGUGAAUUUGAACGACCCUUUUUGCAUUAUAGUUUCAAUUUUGAAAACAUUUUGACGUUAUCGAUCAACGACCAUAUCCAGUCCAUUCAUUCACUCCUAAACCCUUGAUCGCGCGGUAAUAUGAGACCACAGUUCACUCUCGACAAUAACGAAAAUUGUCUAGGAACAGGGAUGAAUAAAAAUACCCGCAUCCCCUCGCUUUCGAUUUCGCACGAUGAAGGAAAAAAAAAAACAAAAUCAAAGAAAAAAAGUUAAUAAAACGUAAAAUACGAAGGGAAACGACAGGAUGACAAAGAGAAAGGAAAGAAAUAGUCAAAUUAAUAGCGUUGGUCAGGUUCACGUGACCUGGCGCCGCGGGGGUGGAUGUGUAGCCUCGGCGAGGGUGCCCCGAGGUUAGGAGUAGGAUGGGGGCGACGGGGUGACGGGGGGAACCCCGCAUAACGAGGGAGUCACCCUCCGUAGGCUAGGUGCUAUUGUAAUCGAUUGGAGACGGAGCGGAGGUAGGGUGCCGAGAAAGGGUGUGUUCCCUAGGCUCCCCUGGCGGUGGUCCCCUUCGCAGCCCCGUUACUCAUUGUCUGGCCGCCCCAUCCGCGGCGAAUGCCCCAGACCAUAGCCAGACCCUCGUAGACGAUGCCUAGUGCCUGUAUAUGGGUGGAUAUUGCCGUGCGAUCGUGGCCACGUUUCCGUACCGUCGGUGUAUCGAAGAAUUUUCCGCCGGAUGUACCUUCGCCUACACGCGUUUCGUUCGAUCCGUGGAAAUUCCUCUUCACUAAUUUUUAAACCGAACAACGCUGUAGUUGAUUAUUGCCUCCAGAAUUUUGUCAAUGUUGUUACGUUAUCACUUUUUUUAAUUAUCACCACGUCAGGUUCAAGCGGUCAUUUUUUAUAGAUUUGAAACUGCAGUUGUGCACGGCAAUUCUUGCUGGAAUGGUUAUUUCGAUUGCAUACGCGUGGUGAGCAACUUUCCAGGCGAUCCGUCGGUUUGAAAUCUUUACUCAAAUUGGGAAAAUGAGCAAUGGUCGGUAAAGGCACGCUGGAAGAGUGAAUUAAACUACAUACAAAUAGAUAGAAAUUUUUAAUUACGCUUAAGACUUACGACCCUACAGCAUAUCGUAGAGAUCUGUACUGUCCGGAAUAUUUGGCGUGCAGACACGUUCUGUACGUGGUGCUGUUGUUGCUCUUUCAGGGAAUAAUAAUAAAACCCUCGAUAGGUAUUUACGCUUUGAGUACAAGAAAAUUUGAGGGUUAAAACUACAUUUUCGUAUUACGUCAGUAAUUUUUCGUUACCUUUGAGCAUGAACCAAUUUUUUUUUUUUUUUUGAUUUCAGUGUGCGACGGGUGUAGACAAUAAUACGAGAUAAAGAUUAAUUAUACUUUUAAAAGCAAUCGGGGAAAAUAACGCACUUCAAGUAUCACAAUUUAAAUAAUAGAAAUACUUUAAGAAAAUCUUCUUAAAACUUUCGUUCGCUUAUUGUUCUCAGCCAUCCGAUACGAAAAUUCUUGUGCCUGCUAAUUGUAUCAACGAAAGAUUCCUGCGAAGAUAACUCGGAGCUCCGACAAGCAUUCCUCACAAUAAUAAAUUCUUUGCACUGAAAUGUGUUUUCUGGCAAAAAAAAUCUUGCUAUUACCAUUGAAAGUAAAGUAGGUAUGUGAACCGUGGGGUAUGAACAAGUAUAAAAAAAUGUAUACUUGAAUUCAGAUUUAAUCAAUUUUCUUGAUUGAAAGGAUGGAAAAAAAAACAAACAAACAAACAACACCAAUACUUGUUUGUGAUUUCGAUUUACUCAUCGUCGCGAAACGUGGGUGAAAUUCGCUAUAUCUUUCGUUGGGAUUUCGAGUACAGAGUAUUAUAAAUACUGCAGCUGAAAAUAUAUAUAUAUAUAUAUAUAUAUAUAUCUUUGGAGAUGAAUUCGUGAUAAAUAGCGAUAAGGAAAUAAGAUGAAGGAAGAGAGAAACUGCCCGUGGCCCAGAUACCGAGGGGCUUUUUGGCUUUGGCAAGGGUGGCGUUGAGGGUGAGAGACAGGGGAGGUAAAAACUUUUGGAUUUUAUAACUUUACGACAGGGUGAAAACAGUUGAGUCACGAAGGGGUGCAGGCUAUCGGCCGUCGGCACUCGAGGUGUACCACCCCCACCCUCGCCAAACUCGUGUAAACGGCUGCCUCUCCAACUAUAAUACCGGGCGUCGCAAAACUUUGACCCGAGGCGAGCAGGCCAGGUUCGUUGUUAGCGACGUUGCAGGGCCAGAACCUUUACCCGACAAACUUGGCCCGUUAAAUAUUUAUUUCUCUUCUUUUUAGGGCAAACCCGGGCUCCACGUGUGGAGGAAGCGAGACUACCGCGUAAAAACCCGCCAUCAUAACUACGUAGAUGUAGCUUUUCUGACUUGACGAAAAACAAAAUUGACGAAAUCGAGUAAAGGCCACGAAAUGCGGCAAGACCUCGACGCGCUUCCUCCCAUUUUGUUCAUUGCUAACAAUAAGAAUAGACCGAAACAACCACGCGGGUUCAAAUGGAAUCUGGAUUAGUUUUUCCUUUUCGGACACAAUUGAGUCGGAAAUUAAAUCGAACGGUUUUUAGUCGUAAUUGUAGUUGUUGCGGUUAUGGAUGAACCUGUAAGACAAAUUCAACACAGUCACCGUCCGUGAGAUCAUCGUUUUUUAAAAGCUUUAAAUUUUUUUAUGUACCUCCUUUUUCUUCUCAUCUUGGAUAAAAUUCCAGCGACUUUCCUCGAGCUGCGUCAAAAUCAUAAUUUAUGUAUCCGGAUUCGUUUUUGCGUUUAACGGUGGAUGUAGAAAGGCAACUUUCUUGCUAUUAGGAAACCUUGUUCUUGUAUACUUGGUUUAAUUUAACGUCCUCGUGUAAUGGCCGAACUUAUUGGCGCUGUAAAUGCCCAACGUUUAAAAGAAAAUACCAUUACUUCCGAGACAGCUGUAUUGACGAAAACUGACUACCAAACUGUUUUCUUCAACGGUACAUCGCAGUAUGCACUUAAGCCAGCAAACCGUACUAAUGCCAAUUGCCUGCAUUCGUGUUUUUCCUCAAACAUCGGACGUAUCGUAAAGUAAACGUGAAAAAUACUUCCGACAUUGAAGUUAGUAACGUUAUCGUAACGAAACAUUGGAGGAAAUAAUUACUAUUUUUACAAUGAUUUUGAAGGAACGAAGAUUUGAAAAUAUAAGUUCAUAUGUUUUACAUAUGUUUUUCAGCAACGCUUUUUCCUCGGCAUGAAUCGUUACGAUAACGUUACUAAACCUCAACAGGGUAAAUAUUUGGCUUUCGCAGGCAAGGCUUAAAUUCGAGUCCUGCUCAACUGUGACGCGAUAAUUAGUUAUCUAUAGUCUAUCGUUUGGAAGUACGACAACCCAUUCGAAGAUCUCGGUGGUAGUUGACAAUGUUGAAGUUACUUCGAGCCGAGAGAAAACUAUAAGCAAUACAUACGUGAAGCGUGAAACGAGUUGAUUUAGCAAAUUAAAUUGCCAAUUUUUAGGCACUCGUCAAGGGUGAAAUCGUAGCCCAACUAUUCCUACUGUCAUUUUGUUAGGCGUGAAAUAUCGCUGAAUAACUCACGGAUGCUGAAAAUGAUCGUACAGCCGGAAUUAAAUCGCGAGUGUUUCAACGGCAGCGACGUCGAAAUUUCUACCAGCGUUAAUCGAAUUCGCUCGUCGAAUAUUCUACAGAUUCGUCGUUUUUCACAAAUUAAUUCAGUCAAGCCGUACUCGACUUACGCUACUUCACACUAAAAAUCUCGGUCUAGGGAAUUCAAUUUUCGCGAAUCUAUCACAUUACGCGGAUGGGCACGAUUCGCUCUGAAAGUCACACUACACGACCAUUCUCGGUCGCGCGAAAUUACCAUCAUUACAAUUUUUCGAAUUACUCGUAAACGGAAACGUGAAAUCGAUUUUUCGUCUCGCCCCGGUAAGCUUAAGACUAGCGAAGCCGCGUAAGAUUGAGGCAUUCGGUAAAAUCAAUUUAUAUAAAUAAAACGUUACGUCGCGCAGCGUUAGUCCAAGGGUUCGGAAUUCCUUCGGCCCUGAUGUUUAAAUUUUUUAUCACUCGUACGGUCCAGCGAAACGAAAAGAGUGCCGAGCUUGAUAUUUAUCGAACACUUACCUGUUAGAUACACGCGUGUGUCUCCGAUACGUAACAGCGGCAACGUGUAGGUAAGCGUUAUACCUUUCUGCCGGUACAUGUACACGCAUGUGCGUACGACAUACAUCGGCAUGGGCAUACGCGUACACGUCCCGCUCGUCCAAAGUUCCACGCACGUGAUACGCGGGCGAGCGAAGCAAGGCGAGCUUGUAGAUUUAUACACGUACCUAUACGUACCUUGUGCAUCCGUGUGUGAAAUUUCGUCACGAUACCUGCAGAGAGUUCGGGCGGCCAUCAUGGCUUUACCUGCUUGAUAACUGCUAUCUAACUUCUAAGAAGGCGACGGCGCCGCGCUCCCGCCUUCAGCUGCGGGUCCCGCAUAUCCGAUCACUCGACUCUUACUUACGCUUCAUCCGUUAUGCGUUUUACGUAUCACGGCCGAUGCGGGACGCGAUGCAGAGGAAUAAGUAACAAGGCACCGGCACGAGGUGGACGUCUGAUACAGCCAUGCGCGGUUCGCUCUAUGCGAUAGUCGACAAAAUUUUAUACGCAUUAUGCCGCAAUAUAUACAAUUCGUUACGAGUCACGCGGUGAAUCCGCAACAGCUCUCUUUCGGGCCUUCUGUGUUAGCACAAACGAUAUUGCGCAUCUUCGAAAAAGUUACAAGUAAGGCAGGUAUGCAACAUACCUGGUAAUUAUCGUCUUGAGGUGGAGUAUGUGAGAAACAACGAGUCCGUAACGCGUAGCCUGCGCACGUUGCAGUGGCUUGGCAGUGCUGACGGAGUGCCUACAUUAGGUGUGUUAUUAUCAAAAUUAUCAUCGGGACCGGAUGCUGCGCGAGCGAGCCGACAUCUCCGGAUGCAUCUUGUUAGGCAGAAGUAGGAUUUAAGCGCCGUUUUACUGCCGCCUGGAUCGGGCAGCAACGACCAAGCCCAAGUAUUACAGACCUCGCCCUCCGACGCGUGUGUAACGCGGGUCUUUGUUCGUCGGGAAAAAGUCAUUACAUACAAAUGGAUGUGUUCGUUUGUUGUGUAAGCGCAUGACACGACCUUACAACCCAACGAGGUUGAAAUAACCUAGUUUGGCAGAGCUUGAUUCCUAAAUUUCUAUCGUAAACCAACAAUUUUCAUUUUAACUGCUGUCGAAAAAAAAAAGAAAAAACAAACAAGUAGGUAGGUAGCCUCGGGCUACCGUAUCAAAAAUGUUGAAAUAAUUGUGAUUAUCCGCAGUCUCGUAGACAUAAAUUACAGAAAUGGUCAUCGUAGAAUUAGUCUUGAGAAGUAUAAACCGGUAUCCGGUUCGCCAUUUCAUUUUUCAUACAAAUAUUCAAUCGCCUGUUACUGCGAAAGAAUGUGAGCGGUUUUCGCCUGUUCGUAGAACUUCUCUCCCUUUCUCUUGAAUCUAAGAAUUUCUCUAUAUUUCCGGCAUACGAUACACCUUGAGGAAAUGAUGGAAGUUGGGAGGCUGAUGGAUUGACCGCACAUGCGCAAAAUAAUUGAUCUCUAUUGAUCGAUGAGAUCGUGCCCUGCGGUAUUUUCGAAACCAGACGCAUGAGCUGUCAAACCCUUACGCGUCAAGUGGUGAGUUGAGGUUACGUUGUUACGAUACCUCGUAAUGCAACAAUCAGUCAAUCGACAAUAAAUAAUUGACACACAUACCUGAAUUACCGAAUCAUUUAUUUGAGAUCUGCUUAAAUAAAAAAAAAAAAGCACUCGCCUUGCGUAACGUCCAUACGUCGCGUUUGGCGGCUGAAACUUGGGGUGGCCAGCCGGCAUUAGAAUAUGUCAGUCACUCAUCCUGCUAAUUUUCACAAUACUUCCUCUCGGUAUAUACAGAUGAAAGGAUACGGGGCUAGGAUGCUAAUCAAAUUUGCAACGCGUAAUCGUGGGUCAACAUAUACACAUGGUAUAUUUGCAUACACUGUGGAAAUAGACGUCAUUGACAGUGGUGAUGAGACUGGUCCGUAUAGAGGAAGUAUAGUGCCGUGGUACCGUCACCUGUCUUACACAGUAAGUUCCCCCUCCCUCCUCAAACGAAGCAACGUAAUAGUACAUAUACAAAUGCAUAUACAUACACAAUUAACAUGAAAAGACGUAAAGUGAGUUAUUACUUAUUAUUAUCAUUAUUGUCAUUAUUAAUUAUUGAAUAAGUUGAGUAAAUGUACCUCCUCAAAAUUAACGAUAUCGUUAUAGUUUUGUAUCAUAGCGGGGCGCAGCGUCCCUGCAAUUAUACGAUUAUAAUUAUGAUGAUGAUUAUGUACAUAUUAUAUACAUAUAUAUACAUAUACAUAUUGUAUAACGUCGAAAUAUCACAAUGUGUAAAAACUUUUUUUCAAGUUUCUGUUUGUAAAUAUAUUGUUUAGUUAGUUUCCGAUAUUACAAUUAUUAUCGUUACAAAUAUUAUUACGACCAUUAUUAUUAUGGUUCUAGUUGACCGUAUCUAGGGAAAAUAGUGUAACGACGAUAAAUUUAUUCUUUUUCCCCUGUUUUUGUUUUGUUUUUUUUUUUCGAUUCUUUCUUUCUUUUUUAUCUAUUGGAAUUCGUCAGGAAAUAUGCACGAUAGUGACAUUAAUUCGUCCGUAAUAUCAGAGCAGCAAUAUUAUACUUUCCAAUUAUGAUGUUGAUCUACCUUGCGUUUUGUUAUCUGUCGAUAAAAGUGUUUUUCAUACGUAGGUAAUUUUAUAAUUUCCGACUGCCAGGCAGUAACAAUAUUCUUGAAUGAAUUUUCAAAAAAACAGAAUUUAUUUAUAUAUCACAUUAUACGAUUUGCGUGAUUAAUAGAUUAUUAUCGGAUCCUUUUUCAUUUCAACGAGUUAAUUCAACGCUGAGCUUGAUUUUACAUGCAUAUGUACGAUUUGAUCAACGAACAAGUUCGACAUACCCUUGUCUAGCUGUGUAACAUACAUAAUAUCGAUGCAUAUACGACUUGUAUGUAAGAAAAAAAUAUACCAACAAGACACGGGAAAACGUAUGAUAUCAAACACCUAAUUGACUUACUAUACACCUACCAAUUAAGCGCAUGUACUCGCUAAAAUAUACAUAUAUACAUAUAUAUAUACGCAUACAUGUAUAUAUGUAUAUAUGUAUGCGUGUGUAUAUAUACAUAUAUUAUACAUAUAACUACCGCCGCCUGAAUAAAAUUGAAAUUAAAACAUAGCAACUUGAAUAAAAAUUGAAAAAAAAGAAAAAUAUAUUCAGUCAACAAACAUUCGUUGCAACGCGACGCGCACCGAAAUCAUAUUGUAGUUAGAUUACUUUGAUUGUUCAUUGUUGUAGAUUUUUUAUAAAGAGGAGUUGAAAAAAAAAGGACGAGAAUAAGGAGUGUGAAGUGAAGAGAAAUAAGAAAAUAAAGUGAAACGAAAUUCUGGAACGGAGUGCUUUUCAUUUUUUAGCGAGUCGAAUUCGAGCCAUGGACGUGCGGCGGAAGGAAAGGCGAAAAGAAAGUAGGAUCCAAGCCGUGAACCUUGCAAAAAGUGUGCGCGUUGUCGUUUCUACCACGUCCCUUCUUGCCCGGCGCACGUCCUUAGAAUAUUAAGUCGGACCUACGCAAGCAGAGGAUUUAUUCGAAAUAAUAGGUGAAAAAAAAACUCACAAUCAAAUGCGAAUUCGCGCAGUAAGUAUAAAAAGGAAUGCCAGAAGAUAUUUUUAAAAGACUUCGCUCUGCACCUUCUUUGCUUCAUUGCAGGACGAUAUUAUUUUUUUCUUUGCGCUAAAUUGUAACGUGUAAGAAAGAACUUGCUGAAAAGACGCUUGCCUUUUGCAGAAAUAUCUUCUUCAUCUUCCAAGCUUUCUCCCAAUCGUUUUUACUUUUAUAAUUUUUCUUUUUUCUUUUUUUCGUUUGUCCAAGUUUCAAUUCGUCCCGAAUUAUUUGACUAACCUGCGUUAUUGAGUUCGUAUCCUACGACAGCUUUCUUCGUUAUCCUCUUCCCGGUUACAGGCGUUAAUUACCAUAAUACUUUCUGCCACCAGAAUUCCAUGUAAUUUGUGCUUUAUUGUGUUUUUUUCUAAAGAAUUAUUCGCUAAAGUACCUUACGUUAUCCGAAAAAAUUGAGCCAAUAUCUAGUAUGUGUAGACAGCAAACGUUGCGUAUACGUAUAACGAGGCAUAAGUUAUAAAUUGAAGAAAAACGAAAAUAAAAGAGAAUGCCAAAUGUUAGCCUUAAGUAAAAAUGACCUAAAAUUUUCUCUGUUAAAAAUUGUUCAAGGGAUUUUCUAUCAACUGUUCAAUUCUCCGUAACUGCAUACGACAUUUAUACAAUUCUUCACGAACGAUCACGCAUAACGUUUACUUUUUCACACAACCGCGAUUUGUAAUGUAUCGUUAGAAUUGUAAGAAAAUAUAAAAACAAUUCCGUACCAUCGCAAUCGAAUCUUUGUACUUUGAGGCUUGGUUAUAAAACAUAAUUUUAAUAUCUUUACUUUUUGUUGGAUCUGUACGAAGCGCAAUUUGUGCUGCAGAAAUUUCUUGAUUUCCGAUUCCAAUAUUGAUUCUUACUCAUCAAUAUUGAUUCACAUUGAUUAAGAGAUCGUUCGCGAGUGAUUUUAGAUGUCGAAUGAAUCUAUGAUAAUCAUCAUAAUAGGAAUAAGUAUAAUUAAGCGUAAAGAAUAUUGUACAACGCUACGGUAUAUGAUAUAGAACAAUAGUUAGCACUAAUAUAUUAUACCUGGAAACAUUUACCUUACUGCCGCCCUACAACUUACCCACAUACCUGUCGUAAUUAGCCGAAUAACUGUGCAACUCUAAACACUUUAAUCAUACCUAUUAUAUUCACGACCCUAGCUCUAUCGUACAGAGCACAGAAUAUCCGAGUACACUUAUUAAUUAAACGUAACUGAUUGAAAGAAAAAAGAAUGAUGAAAAUUGAUACCAUUUAUAACAAAAAAGAAAAAAGAUAAA